AUGAUAGAAGCAUAAAUAAAGGAUAAGUUUAUUUCAACUAAGCCAAAUAUUCCGGAUGAAGCCGAGUUUGUUAUUGAAACACCAUCAAUAGCAAUUCCAGAAAAAUUAGUUUAAUACACAGGAUAGGUCGGACCAGCAAGACCAUCAAGUGAAGAGAGUUAUUCAUCUGAUGAAGAAGUGUUUGAGCCUGAAUAUGAACCUAUUCAAAAAUAAGUAAAAGUAAGUGAAAGUAAUGGAGUAAGAAUUAAUCGAGAUUCAGCAGAGAGAAAUGUUUAAAAUUUUUAAGAUGAAGAUGAUGAUUACAUUGAUCCUGCUGCUUUAGCUAGAGAUCCAGCUUUAAGGGAGGCAGUUGAAGCCUAAGCUGCAAAACGAGCUCUCUUGAAAUACAAACCUCAAAAUGAAGAACUGCCCUCAAUGGAAAUUCAAAAAGAAAGAUUGGCUAGCUUUCCAAUAACACAUUAAUUAUUGAUUAAAGGACAUACAAAAUAGGCUACAGCAAUUGGAAUUGAUAAUGCUGGGUCAAGAUUAGUAACAGGAGCAUAUGAUUGUGUGGUUAGAUUUUGGGACUUUUAUGGCAUGGAUAAGAAUACACAUAGUUUUAGGUUGGUCACACCAUAUGAGGGUAAUUAAGUGAAUUAGAUAAGCUGGGCAAAAGAUGGAAAAAAUGUAUUAAUAAUUUGUGCUGAUGCAUAAGCAUGUGUAUUGGAUAGAGAAGGAAAGAGAACGAUGGACACUCAUAGAGGAGAUAUGUACAUUAGAGACAUCUUAAAAACUAUUGGACAUACAGCAGCCAUCAAUUCUGGUUGUUUCCAUCCAGAUUUCAGUGAUGUCUUUGUGACUUGCAGUGAUGAUGGAACAGUAAGGAUAUGGGACAUGACUAAAAAACUUUAUGGAGUUGCAUAAUGUUUAACUCACAAAGAUGCUGUUAAAUGUGUUGAUAAAACAGGUCACAAAGUCUUAGUGUAAUGUGUAACCAUCAGAGGAAGACUCUUGUUGUGUUCUUGUAGUGAUAAUACCAUUAAAGCUUAUGAAGUCAAUCAAAAUUGCAGAGAAAUUAAGAAAAGACCAUUAUUCAUAAUUCAUGAUGCUCAUAAAGGAUAUGUGACUAAAAUUAAAAUAUUAGCUGAUUAGAAAAGAUUCAUUUCCUAGAGUGUAGACAAUACUAUCAAACUUUGGGAAACUUCUAAUACAAAUCAUCAUAUUUAUCUCUAAUAUUGUAAUAUCAACAGAUUUCCACCGACUCGAUUCGAUUUAAAUUUUAAUGAAAGCAUACUUGUAACAGCCCAUCACACUUUUAAAGAUGGAUAUCAUAUUGCAGGACCAACAGAGUUACUAUUUUUGAAUGUGAAUGACUUAAGUAUUAAUUGCAGAGUACAAUUAUUUGACUAAGCAAUUACUGAAGUUUUAUGGCAUCCAACUUUAAAUUAGAUAUUUUUAGGAAGUGAUGAUGGUCAUGUUAGAGCCUUGUUUAAUCCUAAAUUAAGUUCAAAAGGAGCUUUAUUAGCUACCAAUAGAGCAGUCAAGUUUGUUCAUGCUGAAAACAUGGAACUAGAAAGACAUGUUUUAAUUCCAGAAAAUUUAUACAUUUUUAAAGUUAGUGAGACAGUUCAUGGAGGUAUGAAGAUUGUAGAGGAAAAAAAGAGUGUUAAAGAUUAGCCAAGAAAGCCUGAGCCUCCAUAAAAAGGUCCAGGAAAAGGAGGAAAACGAUCAGGACCAGCUACAUUAACUUAAAAUUUGAUGAGCACAUUAAAUGAUAGACCAGAAAAGGAAGAUGUAGUUGAAGAGUUAACUAAAUUAGAUUCUAUCACAAAAGCAAAUCCACAAUAUGUGGCACAAGCAUAUAAAUAUACAUAACCUUAAUAAAUAUUUGACUACUCUACUAACUAAUAAUAAGAGCACACUUAUCUAUCCUCAAUUAAAAAAAUAUGUCCUCAUUGCGGUAUGAAGAUUUGUGCUUGUAAAAGAAAAGUAGUAUGA